AGUUCAGUAAUGUUUAGUUUGUCUUUGCCGAAGAACGUGAAUUUUGUGAAUUUAUAUUUUUGUUUUAUCAUUUAAUUCAUAUUUAAGUCAAUAUUAUUUGAUUAAUAACUUUUAUUUGAGUACAGUUAUUGACAUAUCAAGGAGUGUCAUUGAGCUUAAGAAUUUCUCCGAACGUUUGCUAGUUGCUACUGCUGAAAGUACCUAAUAUCCACGAUAUCGUGCUACCUCUCGAAAAAUACAAAAAGCAGUGCUGUUGUUAGCCUUGUGUGUUCAUCAGAGUGUUUUUGAAAUUUCAUAAGUACACUGAGUGGCAAUCAGAAUUAUUAUGGAUUCAGAAGCAAUCGAGCCGUCGUUAGUAGCCAUGGAUAGUUGUUUCACGGCAUUUGAUAAGGACUGUGAUGACCGCUUAUCUCUGGCUGAGUUUACGCUCAUCUGUCGUGCACUAUUUCGAAAUGACAAAGGUCAUAUCUACAUUGUUCCAUCCGAUCACCUCGAGCAGAUGUUUGCUGUAUUUGAUAAGAAUCAAGACGGCUAUAUCGAUAGAGAUGAAUUUACCUUUUGUUGGAACAACUGGAUAAAAACAAUCGUCAGACCAAUAAAUGCUUUUUUGGUUGUGGAUGUACAAAAUGAUUUUAUAAGUGGAUCCUUAAACAUCAGUAACUGUGGUGCUCAACACAAUGGCUUAGAGGUGAUCGAUCCUAUCAACAAGCUCAUAGAUACUGUGGAGUUUGAUUCAGUGUUUUAUUCGCUUGAUUGGCAUCCUGCCGACCACGUCUCUUUUAUUGACAAUAUUAAACAGCGUCCGAUACAUCCGACUAGCCCGCUGAAUGCUGACAAUGCAGCCGUUUAUGAUACGGUGAUUUUUGCAGGCCCACCUCCAAUGAAACAGCGAUUAUGGCCUCGUCAUUGUGUACAAGAUACUUGGGGAAGUGAAUUGCAUAAGGACCUGAAGAUUGUCGAAAGUGCCAUUAAAGUUUACAAAGGCACUAAUCCUGAAGUCGAUUCAUAUUCAGUCUUUUGGGAUAAUAAAAAAAUGUCAGAUACCACACUUUGUGCACAGCUUAAACUAAAAGGCGUAACGGAUGUCUAUACGUGUGGAAUUGCGUAUGAUGUUUGCGUUGGAGCGACAGCAACAGAUGCUUUAUCAGCAGGAUAUCGCACAAUACUUAUUGAUGACUGUUGUCGUGGUGUUGAUCUACAGGAUAUUGAAGCCACAAAGGAAAGCGUUUUAAAUAGCCAUGGAGUCAUUGUUCAUUCAAAGGAGGUGAAGGCAAUGGUUGAAGGACGUGAUCGCAGACCGGAGCUUGGUUUUAAACUUGCAAUGGAGCUAAAAAAUGGAGAAAAUGAAAACAAACGUGGUCGAAGGCAGAUUUAAAAAAAAAAUAUGCAAAGAGGAAAAAAAAUUCUCUCACAAUUCUUUUUGCUUUUGUCGCUGCUGAUAACAUUCCAUUACUCUUAGUUGUACAGUCCUCGUUGUUGCUGUUUGGACUUUGUUUCUGUAUUAUUGUAAUUUUAAAAUGGAGAAACAUUGCUAUACAUUAAUGACACAAAUUUAAAAACAUUUGCAGUACUUUUUUUUUCUCGAGUACACUAAAAAGUCUCUCUUUCUCUAUCUCCAUCUUUGUUCUUUGCUUCUGCUUAUGUUGCAGCUAUUGAAGUCAUUCGAAAUAUAUGAUGGUGACUUUACUGCCUGUUUGUCUGAUUAGGUGCUAAUGAAAUUUUUAACGGACGUUAAAAAUUCAAAAUUUUCAACACAUUCUUCUUCCUUUUAUUGAUAAGCGCCUUUAACUUCGUAAUAGCUCCUUCAGAUUCAUAACUUAUUCAUCCGCACGAUAAUAAAAUUUAUGUGCAUUUUUUGAUUUCGCUGAGUUUUAAGUUAAAAACUUUUUUUUCAUGUAGAUUUUCACGCGCUCAAUGAGAUCCAUUUUUAGCUCAAAUAUAAUGAGAGGAAGUGGAAGUUUGCAUUACAAGUAGAGCAUGCGAACGGUAGAGAAAGAGAAGGACAGAGAGAAAUGGAGAUAGAAAAAGCUUAAAAAAUGUUUUAUGCAAAUUUAAUUUUUGCAUCUGGGUUCGGAAAUGAAUGGGGAAAAAAAUUCUGUGCUUUAUUCAAUUUCAAUUCGUCUUGAAAAUUGUUAAAAAGGAUGGAAAAUUUAAUUUUUUUUAUGAUAAUUCAUUAAAAUCGUCAGAUUUGCAAGAUGAAAUUUCCCUUAACUUUUAUGCUCUAAUGACAUAAUUCUAUUCCUUUUUGAACCCGUCCUUUCUUUAUUUUUUCGUCAGCAAACUUUCCUUACUGAAUGAAUUUUGCACGAUAUUAAUUUAAGUGCUUUCGUUGAUGAAGAUUUACAUUAAUAAUAACAAUUAUAAUGAUGAUAAUGUAAUAUAAAGAGAAUAGACGAGAAUGUAAUAAGCGAUGAAGAUGAUGCACUUUUUAAUGUCGAGACAAUCUACUCGACGUUUAUCACUUCUUUUUUUCAUUUUCUUUUAAUUUUUUUAAUGUUUUAAAAGCGCAGUUUGGUGAUGCAAGAGCGAUUCAUUGUCUGGCGUCAAAUUUCCAUAGUCUGCCAUUGAUUACUUUAUGAGGCAGCAUUGAUUUUUAACCAAUUUUAAUAACCUCAUAGGAUCUUUAAGAUUUGUAAGACAUGGGAUAACUGGAACAUUGUUGCGAAUCAGAAUUAUUGUCCAAAACUGCGCUGUACUAGUAAAUACUAAAAUUCCAAUGGUGUUGGAUUCUGUUUUAUUUUGUCUUUUCAUCAUAUAACAACUUUAGCUUCAUAAACUUGAUUAAUAUUAUUAUGAUUAAAGAAUACUUAACAUUUACUUACUUACAAACUUAAUAAUUCUCAAUGUAAAAUAAAAUUAUAUUGAAGAACUAUGAUGACAUAAAGGAAAGCUUUAAUAAAAACAUCAUAAAAAGUAGAAAAAGAAAAAAGCUUUAUGAAAAAGGACAAGUUGACAUGUAAAGGAGAAGAAAGACUCUUUUUAAUAGGGGAAUUGCUUUAGGGUUGCAAGUCCUUUAUAAACAGAGUAUGCUGCUUGAUAUACAAUUCAUUUUCCUCUUUCAGAUUUGAUUAUAUUUUUAGAUAUCACUCCCUCUCUUUAAUGUCAAUAUAAUUACCUUGAAGGGAUAUUUCAAAGAGUGUGGACGGAUUCUAAAUAAAUUUGAGUGAGCAAAUUUUAAAGGUACGAUGUCCGAAGUAACACACAAAUUUUUAGAUGGAAGUGACUGAGGUGAAUGUAUGAAACAUUAUGAAGAGUGUCCUUACAUCCUACAGUAGCUCAAUUUAACUUAU